AGUGAUAAAUACACACACUCGCUCACAGCGCAUUGGUCGCAAGGCACUCUCUAAUCACACAGCAAAAGCUUAGAAAGGUCCCUCUCCUCCACUUCUCUCUCAAACCCUCCUCCUCCUUCUUCUUCUUCUUCAUCUUCAUCAAGCACUCACUCAAAAAACCAAACAACACCAUGACAGCGAAAGACUGCGGCAACCACGGCAAGAUCCGGCGCAUGCGGCUCCGCAGAUUCUGCGCUUGCCUCUUAGUCUUCAACUUCAUCCUCCUCCUCACAAUCCUCCUAGUCUGGGCCAUACUCCAACCCACAAAACCAAAAUUCAUCCUCCAAGACGCCACCGUUUACGCCUUCAACGUCACCCCCAACCUCCUCACCUCCAGCUUCCAAGUCACCCUCUCUUCUCGCAACCCAAACGACAAGAUCGGCGUCUACUACGACAAGCUCGAUGUCUAUGCCGUUUACCGCAACCAGCAAAUCACACUCCGUACGCAAAUCCCACCCACCUAUCAAGGCCACAAAGACAUCAACGUUUGGUCCCCUUAUAUCUACGGCAACAGCGUUCCUGUCUCGCCCUAUAACGCCGAAGCGCUCUCACAGGAUCAGAGCUCCGGGACCGUGAUGCUGUUGAUCAAAGCUGAUGGACGGGUGAGAUGGAAAGUUGGGACUUUUAUUUCAGGGAGGUACCAUUUCUACGUGAGAUGUCCAGCUUACAUAACCUUCGGUUCGAGGAGCACUGGAAUUGUGGUCGGGAAUAACGCCAUUAAGUACCAGUUAGUCCAACAGUGCAGCGUCAGUGUAUGAGGAGAAUAUGAGAUGAUGAUGAAGAAAGAGGAAAGUUCCACAGCCUCACCGAAUAUCUCUAUUUAACGCCGUUAGUUUUUUGUUUUUCAUAAUUAUGUGUUGCGAUUUUUAAUAUUAAAUCUCUGUCUUUUUUCUUUAGUUGUUACACGUUGGGUUUAUGAGUUUGAAUUGUACAUUUGGCUAAAGAAAUAAACGGGGAAAAAUUGUAAGAAGAAAAAAAAAACGAAAUAUAUGAGACAAUAUUUAGCUUAA